UUCCCUGUUCCAAGUUUUGUUAGCAUAGAAAAAACGAAAGAGUUGGGCAGGGUAAGGAAACGGCCGCUCAUUAUAACUGGGUCGUCACCGUGGGGCCAGUUUUCCACAUUCAGUCUUCUUGUGGCAAACGGAGCAGAGGAAAUGCACCUGUCAUGGAAAAUGUGGAGAGGAGGUCCUGCCUGACUAUUAGAAACUUUCCUUUUUCUUCCGGAACUUGUUGAGACUCCCUUACUGAACAGAAACAAUUGCAACUUAGGAGACGGGAGACAAGAGCAAAGAAAAAAGGAAUAACUCUGUCUCCGGAGUAACCACGACAAGCCAAGCACCGUGUACGGAGUGUUGUCGACUUUUACCGACAGAGACUACAUCUCAAUGUCACAGUGACAAGAUUGAGCCAGUUCAUCUGCAGUGGCGAUUCUCGUUUAAAGGCACAAUGGUGGGAGCUCUUGACAUGAUCAACCUCAGCUUCUUGAGUGAUUCUGAGCAGGAGAUGAUACUGGAGGUUCUCCGACGGGACGAGGAGCUGAGGCUGGUAGAGGAGCAGCGUGUACGGAAGCUGAAGGCAGGGUUGCUGGAAGUUAAGAGGAAAGGAGCCAAACGUGGCAGUGGGAAAUACAGUCAACACAGCUGUGGCCGAUGCCAGCAGCCUCUGAGUCGUCUGACAGUUUUCUCCAACCAGUGUAAGAUGUGCAAUCACUAUGUCUGCCGCAACUGCCAAACAGUCCUGCCCAACGGAUCCUGGCUGUGCAGCGUGUGUGUGAAAGAAUCGGAUAUGAAGAAAAAGACAGGCGACUGGUUCUACAAUCAAAGGAUCAACCGUUUCUCUGAGGCUCCUGGACAUAACCUAGUGAGAGCCUCCCUGAAAAAAAGGCUGCCAUUGACAAAGCGUGAGACAACAGGACAACUCAUCUUGGAAAGUGUUGAAAACAUGCCAAAUCCUGCUAAACCUGUGCCUCUGCCCAGGCUGAAAAAUCAGCCGGUUAACAAAAGUCAUUCAGGUGAGAAUUCAGGAUCCAUUGCUUCACGGGAAUCCCUUGAAUCAAAGAGCGACAAGACAUCAAAGCCAUCUCACAGUGACACAGAGUCUGCUGAGAAAGGCAGUAUAGCUAGCAGUAAAAAUGCGACUGAAUCUGGCAGUGCGACUCCUGAGCAACCAAGGCCAGAGCAUCACUCGGUUCCCUCCAGCCCAUCAGGAUCAAGCAUUUCCAGUCUGACUGUCCCAGUCAGAGUAAAUAAUGUCUCUGAUGGCCCCAACUCCAUCACCAACACUGCCAUGGAAGUGAAACCAGUCAGUCUGAGCCCAGAGAAUGAAGUUGAUAGACUCUUCAAGAAGAGCAAACGGGUCCAUAAACCGGCAGAGUGUGUCUCAACUCUGGACCUGCGUGUUGGAUGUGACGCACCAGAAGCCUCAAUGGGGUACCGGAGCCAGUCUGUACCGGGCUUAGAUGUUCAGGGUUUGCAGGAGGAUGAAGAGGAGGACGAAGAUAUUGACAGCUUGGUAAACUUCCAUAAAAGAGCGAUGGGUUCGAGUUCCCCCAGCCUGCAAAGCUCAAAAAGCACACUGGGCAGCUUGAUGAGUAUUUACAGUGAAGCGGGAGACUUUGACACCGUGGAGGUGACUGGAGAUGUCGUUUUCUCUAUCAGCUACAACGAACACACCAAGAGUCUCCAGGUCUUCAUUAAGGAGUGCCGCAAUCUGGCUUUCGGCAAUGCCUCACGGCAGCUUUCCAACCCCUAUGUUAAGUGUUAUCUGCUCCCCGAUAAGUCUCGCCAUAGUAAGAGGAAGACCAGCAUCAAGAGCAACACCAUCAACCCUGUCUACAAUGAAACAUUAAAGUACUCUAUCAGCCGCUCUCAGCUGGUCACCCGCUCCAUGUUGAUAUCAGUCUGGCAUCAUGGUCGUCUCAGCCGCAACACUUUCCUGGGAGAGGUGGAAGUUGCUCUGGAUUGCAGAGACCUUAGCUCUCCAUGUGAGGAUCAAAUGCAGCUUAUGGCCAAGGUGGGCUCUGUUGUACCAGCUUCAGCUUUUGUGCAGUACAAAGGAGAGCUGAUCAUCUCACUGAAAUACAUUACCCCUGAAAAGGCGAACACUGAGAAAGCCAAAGGCAAAAAAGCAGCACCUGCAGAAGGAGAGUUACAUGUCCUCAUUAAGGAAGCAAAGAAUCUGAUAGCAGUGAAAUCUAAGGGUAGUUCAGACAGCUUUGUAAAAGGGUUCUUGUUCCCAACUAAGGAAAAGACAACAAAGAGGAAGACUGCAGUUGUGAAGAAGAAUUUGAACCCCCAUUAUGACACCACAUUUGUGUAUAAGGAGGUGACUCUGAAGCAGUUGAGGGGGAUGUGUCUGGAGCUGACUGUGUGGGAUGAAGCCAAGCUAAGCAAUGACUUCCUGGGAGGGGUUCGCCUCAGCUCUGGACAAGGCACUGUAAAAGUUGGGAAAGAGGAAGUGGAACUGGACUCAGUUGGAGAGGAGGUCAGUCUUUGGGAGAAGAUGAUGCAGUACCCCGACUCGUGGGCAGAGGGCACUCUUCCACUACGUACCACAAUGGGAAAGGCAAAGGCUAAAUGAGGACAGCAGAGGACUGAAUCCUCAAAUGAUCCAAAGACUGAAGUGAUGAGAGGCAGUGGACUCUAAGAUGAGCAUGAGACUGUGGUUUAAUUUUGUUUUGUAAGUUGAUCAGACCAGAGGCUUGUUCACUGAAGUGAGCAGUCACAUAGUUUUUUGGCCUAAUGAACAUUACAAGUCAUCUCUCCUGCAUCACUAUUUGGAGCUUUUCUUCAGCUCACUGACAGCAGGUGUUAGUGUUGUGAUGCUUUGGCACAUUUUCAACAUCAACUUUGUUUUGAAGAUAAUGAUAUGGUCACUUUCUUUAGAAAUCCAGGCUGUAUGUAUUAUUGCAAUUUAAAAUCAUACACAACACUUUGCACAGAAAUGUCUUAUAAUGUCACACUGGUCUUUAUAAUUGUGUACAGUAUAACACUAGGAAAAUGGAUAUUAAACAGAAAUGCUGGUGUUGCAGCCAACCAAUUAUACCUGGUUGAGUCUAUAAAACUAUAAUAUUAUUGUACAAAUUCUAUUUAUACAACUUGGACUAAAACCCUUAUUUGAAAUUAAAUAAUUCUGUUUUUAAAUAUAGAUUUUAACUUUAAACUCCUCCAAGUGGGAUCAAAGUCAACUUUAUCUAAAGGAUACCUGAAUAUUUUGUUCACAGAAUAAAAGUUAAUUAAACAACA